GGUCAACUUAUCUGCUUUGUUUCAUAUCUCUACCUCCAAACAAUUCAUUGGGGUGUUUCUUGAUUUCUGCAGAUGUAUGGUAACGCUACCGGCUAAGAAUACUUAAACAAUUGCACUUUGGUUACAAAUGAUUUCAGCGAAUAGUUGAACUGCUAUGAAAAUGCCCAAUCACAGCACACUUUAUUUUUUGGUACUUUUUGUUUGAUAUUUGACAUUUGGAUCGACAAUCAGGGAACCAGAUCAUAAUCCUAGAUGAAUUCUUUUUAUUAAUAUCGAAAUGGUCGCGUUGGAAUUUAUUUCUCAGUUAGAUAAACUACACUUUGUUGAUUCUGUCGGACUAGAUGAUUUCGCAGAUCGAUGCUCCUAUAUGUUAUCAUUUGUCAUUCUGGUCAUGUGCUUUACUAUUGUUACACUGAAAUCUUAUGUCUUUGAACCGUUGUCAUGCUAUAUUCCAACUACCUUCUCGGGUUCUAAUUUGGGAUCGUACAUAAAUGCAUUUUGCUGGAUUAAUGGAACUACACCGAUAAGUGUAGAUACGGAUCAGCUAGAUAAUCCAACGUACUGGAGUAGUUUAGAAGAUAAAAAAAUCAAUUAUUAUCAAUGGGUUUCACUGGUUUUGGCAUUACAAGCUAUUCUGUGCUACCUACCUCGCCUUAUUUGGGAGGCAAUUACUUUCAAUCGUGUUGGAACGAAUUUAGGAUUCUUGCUUGAAUCAGCGCGAGAAGCUUCAAAGGAAACUGGAAAGGAAAGAUCAAAUCGUGUUCAAUUUAUAGCAAAUGUUAUGGAUACAUUGUUGUUUGCUCGUCGUGAUCUACGUAAAUUAGAAAAUGGUCUUAAAGAUCAAAAUUUUUUGAACACAAUUUUUCAUACUAUUCAAAAUUUGCUUCCGCGUAAAAGGCUUGGUACUGCGUUAGUCACAUACUACAUGAUAAUCAAAUCAUUUUAUUUGCUAAAUGCAGUUGGACAACUCUUAUUGAUGGAACGAUUUUUGGGUGUCCGUGGAGAAUAUCGCCUAUUUGGCUUAUCAAUUUUAAGUGAUUUGAUUAUGGGUAGACAUUGGAAUGAAACUAGUGUCUUUCCUCGAGUGGGUUUUUGUCGUGUACCAAUCAAAUUGACGAGCACACCUAUACCUAUGGUCACUGUACAAUGCACAUUGCCAGUUAAUAUGCUGAACGAGAAGAUUUAUGUGUUUUUAUGGUUUUGGUUUGUGUUUGUUGCUUCUCUGGAGGUUGCGAGUAUUGGAGUUUGGAUUUGUCGUUUGGCCGCACGGCAAUCGAGAUUGAGAAGUUUAAUUCGAUAUUUAAAAGUUGCAGAUGUUUAUGAAGAAUCAAUGGAUCCAUUACUUGCUCGAUUCGAAUUGACAUUUCUUCGAAUGGAUGGCAGUUUCCUUUUACAAAUGAUGCGUUUAAAUGCUGGAAGUCUUAUCACACAAGAAAUCUUACAAGCAAUGUUGAAGCGUUACACAGAACAAGAACAAUAUGCUCAGAAAAAACGCGUUGAACGACAACCUUCGGGACCAAAAUCUGUAGAAAUGGAAAAAGAUGGUCUACUUCCUGACUCUCCUGAUUGUACUGUAACAAAGCGUUUAGAUGUUGUUUAGUUCAGUAAAUAAUUUUCCAGUAUGAAGAUUGAAUGCAUUGCAAAAAUUCAUUUCUACCUUUUGUAUUACUUCUUUCUUUUCAUUUUUCAUUUACAGUCUCAUCGAUCUGAUUAAUAUAAUGGUUUUUCUGGUAAUCUACAUUCAGUUUAAUUUACGAAGCUCAGGGUCAUUCCUAACUAUUUUCCCCUAUGUUUUUUUCAUAAUAAAAGCUUCAAGGUCAUGA